AUGGCGAAAUUAUCGCAUACGGAUUCUCGACGAAUGUAUUCCUGGUGGUGGGAUAGCCAUAUUAGCCCGAAAAACUCAAAAUGGCUCCAGGAGAAUCUCACAGAUAUGGACAUUAAGGUCAAGACAAUGAUAAAGCUGAUUGAAGAGGAUGCCGAUUCGUUUGCAAGGAGAGCUGAAAUGUACUAUAAGAAAAGGCCAGAGCUUAUGAAGAUGGUUGAGGAGUUUUAUCGAGCCUAUCGUGCACUGGCCGAGAGGUAUGACCACGCGACGGGUGUUAUCCGGCAUGCUCACCGAACAAUGUCAGAGGCUUUCCCGAAUCAAGAGCAAUUGAUGAUUGGCGAAGAUUCCCCUAUGAUUUCGACCCCGAUUGGGGAUAUCGUGGAUGAGUCCGAUUCAUUCACCCAAAAACAGACUCUGAAGAAGUUCAACGAUCCUAUCCGCUCAGUCGAGUGCAUAAGAAGGGGUUUGAAUUUCGAUGAGGCCGAGGAGGAAUUACUGAAAGAUGGUAAUUACAGUCGCUCCAAGGAUGAAAAUUCGUCAAAUUCCGAAGAGAUUUUAGCGUUAAAGGAAGCUCUCGCAAGAGUGGAGGCUGAAAAAGAAGCUGGUCUCAUUCAGUACCAACAGUCUCUCGAUAAGUUGUCCCACAUCGAAACCGAGAUUUCUAAAUCCUGUGAGGAUUUCAAACUGCUCACUGAUAAUGCCAAGGCAGCUGAAAAUGAAGUAUCCAUCCUGAAGGACAAAAUCGCCACAUUAGAAUCCGAAAAGGAGUCUAAGCUUCGAGAGUACCAAAAAAACAUCGAGAAACUCGAUGGAAGAGCAAAUACUGCUGAAAUCGAGGCACAAUCCCUGAAAGAGAGAGCUGAAAAAGCAGAAAGUGAGGUAAAAAAUCUCGGACAGACCAUAUCCGAACUGAACGAAGAAAAAGAAACUGCGGCCGAGCAGUACAAACAGUGCUUAGAUUUGAUUUCGAGCCUCGAGCAAAAACUUGCAUGUGCCAAUGAGGAGGCCAAUCGCCUAAAUAAUGAGAAUUAUCAUCUGAAAGAAACUUUUCAGAGGGAGAGUGGCGAAAAAGUGGCUCUUUUGAAGACGAAUUCGACUCUUCUUGAAGAGAAAGCUACACUCGUCUCACGAUUGCAAGAGACGAACAAGAAUAUCGAGAUCCUCUCGAAGAACAACUCGGUGCUCGAGAAUUUCCUUUCCAAUGUUCACCACCAGCUUAAAGCUCUGAUGGCUAAAUCGAAAAUCUUGGAAGAUUCGUGCCAGUUUCUUCUAGACGAGAAGGCUGGGCUGAUGAGUGAAAAAGAUGAGUUGGCCUCUCAGCUGCAGAAAACUCUGGCAGAGCUUGAUGAUCUUAAGAGCCUGUAUGCGGAACUCGAGAGGGAGAAUGAAUCGAGUCUUAGAAAAGUUGAUGAGUUGAAUAUGUCCCUGGAGGUUGAAAGUAGAGAAAAUGGCAGCUACAUUCAGAUGAGCAAAGCUAUGUUAAAUGAAGCCGAAGCUAAGAUGUGCGUUUUACAAGACGAACUCUAUCAUGUUCUUGAUAAUUCCAUGUGCAAUGAAAUCGAGACAUUCGUCUUGUGCACAACUGCUCAGGUGCUGAAAGAAAAUAACUGCUUGUUGUUCAUAAAUAAUCAGAAACUUUCGGAGGAAUACAGUUUUUCAGAGAAGAAGAUCUCACAGUUAGAGCAGAAGAAUGUCGAGCAACAAUCUGAAAUCAAAACUUUGGAGGAAGAAAAUCUGGGGUCGUCUGUCGAAUUGUCGGUCCUUGUUUCAUUGAUUAAGGAAUUAAUACUCGAUUCAAAAAAUCUCGAGACGGUUAAAAACAAGAUAGAGCAUGAGAUGAAAAUACUGUUAAGUACUGUUGAGGAGUUAAAUUUGAAGUUGGUGGACAUGCAACGAGAGAAAUCCUUUACUGCACAGGAGAAAAGAUCCUUAGUGGAUAAUAUCCAGCAUUUGGUGCGAAAAAAUGUUGUCCUUGAAGAGGAAAAUCACGUACUAUGCAGUAAAGUGUUGGCUUUAGAGAACCUUUACUUGAUUUUCAAAAUCUUUAUGGAUGAGAAAUUUGUGGUAUUUAGAGAAAUUGUGGGAAAGUUGAGCUGGGCAGAGGAAAAGUUGGUAGAAUCGGAAGUCGAAAAUCUUAAUCUCAAGGAGAGGCUACAGAAAACUGAGGGCGAGUUCAAAUUUAUUACCGCAAACAGAGAUCAGUUAGGUGUUGAGAUUGAAAAUGGAAAUAAGUUGUUGAGUGAUAUGGCACUGCAGCUUCAUGAAGCAGAAGAGAAAAUAAGUCGAGUAGAAAAACAGAAAAUAGAUCAAGACGAGACACUGCAAAAUUUGAGUAUUGAGGUGCACAACAAGACGAACGAGAUCAAUGAAUUGGAAAUGCAAGUUGCAUCUGUUUUUGGUCAAUUGCAGUGUUCAAUUGUUAGUCAGCUUCUUUAUGAGCAGAAGUUUAACGAGCUCAAUGAUUUGUAUCUUGGCUAUAUCGAUCAAAACAAAAGCCUUAAAUCUCAGUUGGCUGGUUAUGAUCAUGAGAUUCUUUUGUUGAAGGAAUGCAUAUCAUCCCUUGAGAACCAAACCAACAUACAUAUCAAGUUUCCAAAUCCCGAAAAUGAGGAUUUGAAGGCUACCGACUUGCAUGACCUCACAGUUAGGCUUCAAGCCUUCACAAAGGCUGCAUUCGAGCUGAAGAACCUAAUGUUGCAAGAAAAUACCAAUCUGCAAUCCAAGCUACACGACACCACCAAACAACUCGAGUCUCUCCAGUCCAAGAAUCGGUCCAAAAGACACGAGCUCAUGUCCGAGAUCACCGAGCCCGAUCACCGAGCCCACGUCCUCACCAAAGACAUAGUCCUCGACCAAGUAUCCGAUGGCUCGUCUUACGGCCGCAUCAAGUCAAAGAAAUUGAUCGAAACCGUUGACUUCGGCCUUCUCGAAUCGACCAAGAAACAGAAAGUUACAAUUUUGCCCCCGGACGAGCUAGAGUUAGAAAUAUCGAAUGUGUCGAGCGGCUCGGUCGGGCCCACGGUCAACAAGUCGAAGAAAGUAACCGAAACCAUUGACCUCCGCCAUCUCAAAUCGACCAAGAAACAGAAAAUUGCGAUUUUACCCCCGAACAAGUUAGAAAUGAAUUUGUCGAGCGAGUCCUUCAAGGAUGGGAACACAAGUAGGAGGAGGAGGGUCGUCCUGGAGAGGCUCGACUCGGACGUGCAGAAGCUCGCGAAUCUCCAGAUAACUGUGAAGGAUCUCAAGAGUAAGCUCGAGGCAAUCGAGAAGGGUAAAAGGGGAAAAGCUGUUGUUGAGUGCGAGGCUCUCAAGGGGCAGCUCGACGAGGCUGAUUUAGCCAUUAUGAAGCUGUUUGAACUCAACGGGAGGAUGAUGAAGAGCAUUGACCACCGCAGAUCGUUUUCUUCGGAGAAGUCAACUUCGUUUGACUUGGAUAAUGAGGGGAGCUCGAUGAGAAGGAGGAGAGUGUCCGAGCAGGCUUGGAGGAUGUCCGAGAAGAUCGGGAGGCUACAGUUGGAAGUGCAGAGGGUUCAGUUUGUGUUGAUGAAGAUGGAUGAUUUGAGGAAUAAUAGGAUUUGGGAGGGUAAAAGAAGGAUUUUGCUGAGGGAUUAUCUGUACGGGAGGUUGGGACAGGGGCAAAAGCGUAAAAAGACGCAGUUUUGCGCGUGCGUUCAGGCUUCGGCUGUUGAUGAGUGA